AUGCCGAGCUCAUGUAAAGAGAUCCGUGCCGCCCUGGCGCAAUGCCUCCAGGAGUCGGAAUGUGUUAUGGUUCACAGAAACUCGGCCGCCGACUGCCUCCGUCCUCCGCUCGUCGACACCCUCCCGACCCAAUGCCAGCAGUUCAAGAGAGCUUUCGGUGACUGCAGGCGAGGCAUGAUCGACAUGCGCAAGCGAUUCCGCGGCAACCAGCCCAUCACCUUCCAGAAGCUACAGGAGACUGAGCAAUCAGGCGAGGGCUACCAGUUGUAUGCCGGCAAGUCCGCCUUUGCUGGCGGCAAGGGCGUCACAGAUGGCAACAACUCGGCCGAGCCGGACUGGAGAGAGUUGGAGAACCAGAAGUUCAGAGAGCAGGCUGCUGCCGCGGCGAACAAGAAGUGAUCGAGCCGACACGACGGAUACAAGGGCAUUACACCUACACCAUACCACAACAGGUUCAGAUCACGGAAGUGAGGAUAAUCAGCUGUACGAUUGAAAAGAAGGCGACGGUUCGGGCCUAUAGGCUAUGGGUGGAAUACAAGUAUCAGCAUUGGUAGGCGUUUUGGAUUUUACGGCGAAAUGGGAGGUUGAAUUGUACCACUCGCCGCCUCGUCACUGCGCGAAAUUGACCUCAGUCUUCUACCGCCUUGCGCUUGCGUUGCGACGAUUCAAAGACACCAGGCUCACAAUCCAACAACUUUGUUGAGCUUGCCGAAGUGGACCCGCCGGUUCAAGAAAGAAAGUUAUCAGUUUGGUCACAA